UAUCCACUUGCAACGUGCAUCACAGCUCUGUCUGAGCAAGGUUUCUCUGUUGAUACAAGCUGCCCAGAAAAUACAGAAUCUCGAAAAGGACAAAAUUCCUAAUUUUCACAACGACCCAAAAUGGAGAUGAGAGAAACAAAAUUCGACCAUUUUAAUAACAUUUUUAACACUUGUAAGCAGGUCAUAAUUAUUUUGUAGGGGCAGCCAAAUUCCAUCAGACUAGAUAAAAAAAAAAUAAUGCCGUUGACACUUACAUCAAUGUUUCUUAUCGAGACAUAUAGUUCUAGUCAAGACAACAACAAGAGUUUUAUUGUGACGGUGAGGGAUGUACUAUAUUCUCCAAGACCUGUUCACAGGAACGGCAUUUGAUGUGUUGUCAGAACAACAAACCCACACCUUCUCAUCAACGUGAUCACUAUCACCUUUGUUCACCAUCCUAGUCAUCAGUCAGAUUUAUUACCAUUACUGUCAUCAAGAUCACAAACAAGAACAACAACGAUGUAUUCGAUCGGAUCGACUUUGUGAGACCCAAUAACAUUUCAAACAGAUUGCGUGUUAGUAAAUGUAAGGAAAAAAACCUCUGUGUGUGUGUGCAGCUCUUUGAAGCUAACCUUUGACAGUGGGAUUAUAUUUUAUUAAUUAAUUAUUGUUAUCUGAUUACCUCCCUGCAGCUGCUUCACAACGAGCUGAUGUUGAGCUGUCGCAGCAAGCUUUUCAUGCAAUACAGGCAAACAUGACUGACAUCAGGCCAGUCUGACAUGGCUGACAUCAGACCAGUCUGACAUGGCUGACAUCAGGCCAGUCUGACAUGGCUGACAUCAGGCCAGUCUGACAUGACUGACAUCAGGCCAGUCUGGCAUGACUGACAUCAGGUAUGUCCAGGAAGCUCAGUUUCCAAUGACUGUUAGUGUGUUUCUCUCACAAGAGUUGUGUUGAAGGAACGAUUUUUCUAUCUGCCAAAGUUGGGCCACUGCACCAAAGAUUGCGAGUUAAACUUCCAUACAAAUGUCAUAAUUUGUUGUUAUUGUUGUUAUUAUUAUUAUCAUCAUCAGAAGCAGCAAGAGCAGUGCCUGUGUAUCGAAUAACCUUUUAUACGUCAGAACGACGUCAUCCUACAUGCGUCAUUUUGAAGAAAAUAUCUUUUGUCAAAUGUUCACUUCUUUCGCCAUUUUGAUGGACUGUGAGGUGACAGCAGUUAUUCAGCUGGAAACGAUUGCAGGAGUGAUCGUUCGUGCGACCCAGUGAAAUGAGAGAUCGUCAAAGAAAUUGAUUCUCCAAAGACUUCGACCAGUUUUAUUAUUAGAGGCGCAUUAGUUUCAGACUCAGCAAGCAAUCCUUGACCUCAGUGGCGCUGAUGGUUGUAGCAGUUGUUACUGUUUAACGGCCAGAAGGGUGUUCCAUCCAGAUCAGCGAUUAGAGACUUCACAUCGCUUGACGGCUUCACGAAGAUUCCCAGAUCUUCAGAUAAACGAGCGAGGACCUGGUCUUGUGAUCCAGUCAAGGGUGGAUUUAGACAUCACGUGCAGCCUGCAGGGACAAAUGGCAGUUUUCUUGCUGAUGUUUCUUUAUCACGCGCGUGAUGUCAAACGUCAAAGACUCUGUUCUACUGGCACAUGAAUGUCUCCAGACUACAUCAGAAACGUGUUGUCCUUCUAAAGAGUUGUUUAUUUCAUGGUAGCUUUUGUCUAGUAACAUAUUUACUGAUUCUUCUUCCUCUAACACGUAACAGCUCUUGUCCAUGUCACUAUCGUAUAGUACCAGAAAAACUAAACCCCGCUGCAGGUCCUUUGAGUAGCUAAAGUUAAAAGAACCUGUAGAGAAACAAAGUUUACUUCUAUCACGACUACUGAAUAUUAUUUAUAGUAACAUUUGAUCACUGGAUAGCUUGGUGUGAGGUCAGUACCACCACCCUGGUCCUUAACAUUUCACACAUGUUGAACUGAAAUUACCAGGCAUUAUUAAUCCUGUAGUAAGGCUUACGUACUAAGCGUCAAAGUCAGAGGCCCAUCACAGGGAGCGAAGAACAAAGCACGUCCAAUUCAAAAACAAUGCAAAUAUGUUUAUCAAGUUAAAACGGUUAAAAGCGUUGUAUCUGUGCCUGUGCCUCGUUUCAGUAUCUACUGCUAUUCUUUAUUAUUUAACAUAUGCUUCAAACGAGCAUAAAGCAGGCGAGGACAGAGACCUCUUGAGAGAAAAGAUGAAGGACAGAAGAUAUAUAGUGAGAAAGAUUGCUCACAAGGGAUCCAAUACUCAAACAUGCGUACAUCCCGAUCUUGACCCUUUAACCCGUUAAUCACACAAUUCUGGAAAACGUAUCCACCCGUGGAUUGCAGUCGAGCCGAGGAAGACUGGGUUUACACUGACAACGGCACGUUUCGCAUCUCACAGCGCGCGCGUCGCCUGCACGGUCAUAUCACGUGCGAGUACAUCCCGCUGGAGCGCCUUGACGACUUUUCUGUCAGUGAAGGUCUGCAUGUCACGCCCAUGGUGGACGGCGCACCGCUAAAGACGGACUUCUUCAAGGUGGACUGUGUGUCAAGCAGCGGAGAAAGGUACAUAAACAUCCACUCAGGCGUGGCCAUGAACAAGGAGGUCUUCUCUCGGCUGGAGGAGAUGGCAGCAAACAGAGUACGUUUCUGGUCAUCGUCCCAGAAUGUGGAUUCCUUACCCUUUUCAAAUCCGGCCUCCACAAAUACACUGCAAAAUAAUUCUGUUCCGUCGGAGGUUCACAUCGGCCUGAACCUGAGUGUGUUUAUUUUUGCUUUUGACUCAAUGUCGCGCCUGUCCUGGGUUCGCCUUCUUCCGCGCUCACGUUGGUACUUUCUGGAGACUCUUGGUGGCGUCGAACUUAAGGGCUACAAUGUCGUGGGCGAUGGAACACCGGACGCUUUACUACCUAUAUUAACGGGUUACUAUGAAGAGGAGCUGCCAGAAGGGAGACGGGGCAUGCCCAAUGCGAUUCCGGUUGACGGAUAUCCGUGGGUGUGGAAAGAGUUCAAACGUAGUGGCUACGUCACGGCGUACGCAGAAGAUAUGGCCCACGUCGGAACGUUUCAGAUGAGGUUGCUCGGCUUCAAAGAGCAGCCCACAGACCACAACAUGAGGAUCUUCUAUCUUGCAGCCGAGAAGAUGUACGAGAAAAACGCUCCUUAUUGCCUGGGCUCCAAGCCCCGCCACCGUAAUUUCAUGCACUGGGUUGAGGAGCUGUUUGGCAUCUACAAUCGCCACCCAAAGUUCUUCUUUGCAUUUCAUAGUGAGAUGAGCCAUGACAACAACAAUCCUGUGCAGGCCGUCGACGAAGACCUGAUGUUAUUUCUCGACAGACUGGAGCAGAGUGGUCACCUCAACUCCACCCUCCUUAUUCUCAUGGGUGACCACGGGGCCAGGUACAGUGACAUUCGUGACACAGCGCAGGGAAAGUUAGAACAGCGCAUGCCUUACUUAGCCUUCCGUUUACCGCCAUGGGUGAAGAAAGUUUAUCCUCAGCUCAUCCGCAACUUGGAGAUAAACAGUAAGAGGCUGACGACGCCGUUCGAUAUUCACGAGACUCUAAUAGACGUGCUGACCUAUAGGGGGUCAGGAGUGGGUGAUAUCUCCAAUAGGGGUAUCAGCCUUUUCAAAGAAAUCCCCCAAAAUCGGAGCUGCAGCCACGCUGGGGUGACACCUCACUGGUGUGCCUGCCUGAAGUGGGACACCCUGAAUAUAUCAGACAUUACCGUGAAAUCGGCUGUCAAGUCGGCCAUAAGUAAGAUCAACUCGUACAUUGCGUCCCACCGAAAGACAUGCGCACUGCUCCGCCUGAAGGAGAUAACUUUCGCAGCACGGUACCUCCCUACUGACGAAGAUUACAUGGCUGAGCAGAAACUGCGAAAGUACAUGGAGACUUUUCGUCAGCCUUCGAAUCGGGGCUAUUUAGAUGUGAAUCAAGAAGUCUAUCAGGUGUCCUUCAUUACUAAGCCAGGAAACGGUCAUUUUGAAGUAACAUGCACUCUUGAUACAACUACCGGAAAGUUCUUUGUACCGAACACCGACAUCAGCAGAAUAAAUAUGUAUGGAAAGGACGCGGACUGCAUUGCAAAGAGCUACCCCCACCUUCGUCCUUACUGCUACUGUAGAGCAGGUGGGUGGUGGUUUUGGUGAUGAAGUCCUAACCCCUUAAUUAAAUACAUUUAGGAUUGUACGUGGCAGCUUUGGAAUUUCUUGUACUGUGUCACAUCUAUAUUAGUCUGCGCUUUUUUUUUUUUUUUUUUUUUUUUGCCAUGUCUGUUAUUCUUGCUGUCUUUUUUUUUUAACUGGUAAAUAUCGAUCACAAUUUUAAUUUCCUCUUUGCUAAUAUUUUGAUUAGGCCAUGUUGUUUGCGAAGCGAGCUCAUAUGCCCAAUAAUUUGUAGUCCACGGUUUUAUCAGAUGUACCUCAGUAUUGUGUAUAGAGGCACGUGUCUGCGUAUUUGAGUAUGAAGGUCUGAAGGCAGUUGGUCACCUUAUGUUAAUACCUCCUUCUGCUUCUCCCGCUGUCCUUCCUUUGUUCAUCUCUUCCUCUAUCUGACCACAAGGUGAUGGAUUUACUACAUGCAAUGGUGACCACUGCACGUUAUUAACGAGAGCGAUGACUUUAUAUGAGAUAAUAAAAGACACAGUACCU